GUUUUUUGUUUUUUACGUUAAGCAAUCGAGCGGCAUGCAUCACAUGUGAUCGUUCAAAUUGGUAAAACUAAAAUGAAGCGCCAAUACCAGGAUGUGAGAACCGGAUCUACACGUGAUCCAAGAUACCGAAAAGGCCACGAAAGAUCUGGAAAAGUUUUAAGCUUACAUGACAUCGAAGAGUUUAACGGGAAUUUCCCCGAGUUUACGAGGCCGAAAAACGUGGGUUCGUUUUCGUUAGAUGUCUGUAGAAAUUAUCAAAACGACUACUCAGAACUCAGAUAUCUGUGUAUGCCUCCAGAAACUUCUAAUUCUGGUAGCUGUAAAGUUAGAUUUGACUUGCGAAAAGGUGUUUCUACAGUUAUUGAAAAAGAUGAGGAAUCCAUUCGACAAAAAAUGCUGGAUGACUUGCUGAUGUUUAUCCUUCAAGAAAGAAAGGCAGAGCAUCCUAGCAUUGUUAAUUGUAAUUAUCCUCUCAAGCCUUUGCUUGUGGAAUUUGUCUGUUAUCGUGGGCUUCUUACUAUGCUCAUUGCUACUCCGUACGAAAGCCAAGAGAAUUGGACAAUACUUGCAACGAGGUUCCAAAAUUGUAUUUACCUGUGGCACCUGAAGGAUAGGCAAAAGAGAAAUGGAUUUAAUUCAAAUCCCAAACAGCAGGAAAUGUCAAUUUGGGGAUUUAAGUUUGAGCAAUACCUCUGUGCCAGUUCCUCAGAAGCAAGCCCCAACCCUGAGGAACAGCUCAACACUAAUGCUGAAUUUUGCUGCGUGCUCAAAACAAGAAUUGGCGGUCAUCCUCUUCUUUAUGGGGCUGAAGUUGACGCGGUGACAAAAGGAUCGCAACCACCUUUUGCAGAUCUCCAGAACUUUGUUGAACUUAAGACAAACAGACAUAUCAGCAAUGAAAGACAACAUGCCUCAUUCAAACGAUUCAAGUCCAUGAAGUGGUGGGCCCAAUCGUUUAUUGUAGGUAUCCCCAAAAUCGUAGUUGGAUACCGAGAUGAUGAUGGAAUAGUAUCGCAACUGGAAACUAUGGAUGUUGAUCAUCUUCGAAAGCAAUCUAAUGACUGGUGGAAAUCUAAUAUUUGCAUGAAUUUCUGUCUGCAAUUCUUAAAGUUCGUAAAGGAAUGCAUACCAAAAGAAUCGAACCCAAAUGCUCAUUUUAUUUUCGAGUUCGAUGCGAUGUCGCGAGUCAUCUCUUUUCGCAAUGAAGCUGGUGAAGCGAGUAGUAGAAAUCUGCUUCCUUCAUGGUAUGUCCAAUCCAUGGAGAGUCAUGUUUAGUUAGAGUUUCACUAACGAAGAAAGAAAAAUUCAUCAUUCCUUUGGUAUUAAAUGUUGUGUUGACGUCGUAAUGAGUUUAAACAGAAUUCAAACCCAGAAAAUUCGCCUAUCUUCGUCGUGCAAUGUUCCAGGCAUAAUAAAGUAUAACUGUGUUUUAAAAUAA